AUGAACUUUUGUAUCGAAGUCGUGAAGACUUCUAUAAGUUCUGGGGCUGUCUUGAGAAAGUCUAGAACCCAGACUCCAAAGUCAUACAGACCUUUGAAAGCGAUCUUUUACCAGAUGGAAGUGUGGAUGCAUUGGGUUCAGAAGCUUUGUGACUCGCUGGUUGAAGUGGAAGAGGCCCAGUGUCCCUUCCGUGUUUGGUCCAAGGCGCUUGAUCCAGUGGUCGACCUCUUGAAGCUUCUGCGACGCAACAAUCCCCAGGGUGCAAAUCUGACCCUUUUCAUUCAAGACUGUAAAGAUCGCUUUGCCACCUUCCAAUCGAUAGUUCUUCAGAGUCUCAAAGGAUCGAAUCCUGAGCGUAUCUGA